CUCAAUCCUUCCUGACACCGAAAGGGUUUAAUUCUGAUCUGCAAUAAGCCUCCAGGCUGAGAUUUGUGGAUGGAUUUUGCAAAGCUGACGUGAACCAUUCGCAGUCCCUGAUCCCUGGCCCUGACGAGCCUCUUCCUGUAGGACUGCAGCUGCCCUCCGUCCUGCACCACAUCUCCAGCCAUCUCUGUAACCUCUCCUCCCCCCGGCUCACCCCACGUGCCCGUGCCCUCACAAAACCAGCACCCACAGCAGCAGGGUGAAGCUUCAGCACAGCGAGAGGAGCCGCUAGCAGGGCCAUGAAAAGGUAAACGUGCGGGAGAGGUGACACCCGGCCCAACCAUGGUCUCUAUGGGACUCCAGCUGGUGGGCUACAUCGUGGCCUUCCUGGGCUACAUCGGCACGCUGACGACCACGCUGCUGCCCAACUGGAAGAUCAGCUCCUACAUUGGUUCAAGCAUCGUGACAGCCGUGAGCUUCACCAAGGGGCUAUGGAUGGAGUGUGCUACGUAUAGCACGGGCAUCACUCAGUGCGACAUCUACAGCUCCCUGCUCAACCUGCCUCCCGACAUCCAAGCAGCCCAGGCCCUGAUGGUGAGCUCCUGUGCUGUCUCCUCCCUUGCUUGCCUUAUAGCCGUGGUGGGCAUGAGGUGCACCGUCUUCAAUCAGGGCUCACCAGCCAAGGACCGAGUGGCAGUGGCGGGUGGGGUGGUCUUCAUCCUCGGGGGGCUGCUUUGCUUCAUCCCACUGGUAUGGAACAUCCACGUGGUGCUGCGAGAUUUCCACAACCCCUUGCUCCCUGACAGCACCAAAUUUGAGAUGGGGGAGGCUCUAUACCUGGGCAUCAUCUCCUCCCUGCUCACCCUCAUUGGAGGCUUCAUCCUCUGUGCCUCCUGCCCUCCCCGUGACCCAUCGGGCCCCUACUCGCCCCGGCUGCUGGCAAGCAGGAGUCCUCAGCCCUCCAUCAAACAGAUGCAGAAGCCCAAGAGUGAGUUCAGCUCUUACAACCUGACGGGAUACGUGUAGCAGCAGCAGGGCACCUGGCCAGCACUGUUCCCAGCUCCCAAAAAACCUGGGCUGGCACCGAGGGCACACAGUAAGAGGAGAAGACGCAGCGGUGUCUCCCGCGCUCGUAUCUCUUGCUUGGGGAUCUUGACAUAUGACUGCUCAGAAAUCCCAGCUGAUGGCAAAGGACCCUGAAUCCAGCUUCUGUUACUAUUUUGGUGCCAUCAGCCUGCUGGAACUGCCCCUGCAAGCCAGCUGGAAGCGCACCCAUAGCCCCUGCAAGGCAGCCUCGUCACAGCCAUACUCUAGCCUGUAGCCCAUGGCCCAGCAAGGACAGUGAAAUUGUGCCGCUGGGGCUCACCUGCACACCUGAGGCUCUGGAGACACUGGGGGGGAUUAGGGCACCCACAGGGGCCCAGAAUCUUCGGGGGAGAGCGGGGGGAUGGAGUACUGAUUGCAAGCUGAUAUCACAAUAAAUCUAUGUUUCUAGA